AUGGACAUAGAACAGGGUGAUCUCAAAACCCCGAAGAAGUUCCGACCCUCGGCAAGUCGCAUGGCAUCAUCGCAACCACGCGUUGAUCCUCACACCAUUCCACUCUCAUGCUCACAUUCCUCAUUUCACUUGACCUCUUUAUGGGAUCGCGCUGAGCUGCACUUCGCUCGCUCUUCCCAAAGACUUACAAUGCUUCUCUUAGGAUUAACCGGUUCCAUCGCGACUGGAAAGUCGACGGUCUCCUCUAUCCUUUCCUCCCCACCUUACUCCCUUCCUAUAAUUGACGCAGACAUCCUCGCGCGCAAAGUCGUAGAACCUGGGACAGCAGGCUACAAUAAAAUAUGCGCACAUUUCCUUCCUACGACUCCAGAUCUCCUCCUCUCAGAGUCCGACUAUGACACGAAGAAAUUCCCAAACGGAGCUCCAUUAAAUCGGCCAGCCUUAGGGAAACGUGUCUUUGGAGAUAGCGAGGAAAGGAAGAAGGACAGACAGGUCUUGAACGAAAUCGUACACCCAGCUGUGAGGUGGGAGAUGUACAGACAGCUGCUAAGGUGCUAUCUAAGGGGUGAUUGGGCGGUGGUCCUUGAUGUCCCUUUGCUGUUCGAGAGCGGGCUCGACAAGUUAUGCGGAAUCGUACUCGUCGUUGCUGUACGGGACCCAGCAAUACAGAUGAAGAGGUUGAGAGAAAGAGAUCCACACCUAAGUGCCGAAGACGCAGAGAACAGGGUCCGGAGCCAAGGAGAUGUCAGAGACAAGGCGAGGCGAGCUGAGUUCAUGGAGAAAGAAGCGGGGAGAGGAGUAGUCGUGUGGAAUGACGAAGGCAAAGAAGAAUUGCGAACAGAGCUCGAAAAGGUAAUGGAAACCGUGAAAGGGAGGAGUCCUAGAUGGUGGGCGUGGUUACUGCUUCUCUGUCCACCCCUUGGAGGUUUGCUGGGGGUAUGGAGUUACUGGCGAGGAACUGUCAUAAGUCGAAGAUGGAACGAUCAAGAGUUCAAGGAACGUGCGAAGCUUUGA